UUGUGUGAUAUUUUGGUUCUUUAUUGGCUGACAAAUCGUUUCAUUUUAGUGAUUUGAAGCAAAAGCAACGGAUUCUCGCCCAUCUCACGGAAACUUUGCAGUUUGUAUGCCAAACAAUAAAGGAAGCUUUAAGUAAUGACUGUUGACGUGUCGGCGGCUUCUGUUUCAGCUGCCGAUGAAGGCUUUAAAAACGUAAAAAGAAGUCAUGAAUCUCUUGUAGCGGAUUCAGAUGUGUCGAAAGAAGAGAAGAAAAAAAAGAAAAAAAGUCGAUGGGGUGGUGAAGCAGAAAAGGCUUCGGCUCCUGUACCGCUUGUCGCAGCUAAUUUACCAAAAGACAAACAGGAAGCUCUUAUAGCCCGUUUUCGAAUAAUUGAAAUAAAUAAGCUUUUGACUAGUGGGUUGGGGAUUCUUAUCGAUCCAUCUAACCGCUCUCCUUCUCCAGAGCCUAUAUAUGAUAAUCGGGGCAUUAGGAUAAAUACAAGAGAAUUUCGUACGAGAAAAAAGUUAGAAGAGGAACGACAGAUUCUUGUUCAAAGGGUGAUGCAGCUUGAUCCCACCUUUCAACCGCCUCCUGGACUUCGGGGUGAGUCUUCGGUGAUAGAAGAUCGGAUCGACAUUCCGCAGGAUCAGUAUCCGGAAAUUAAUUUCAUUGGGCUGCUUAUUGGCCCGCGGGGAAAUACUUUGAAGGAGAUGGAAAAGGCAUCUGGGGCAAAGAUUAUGAUUAGGGGGAAAGGAAGCGUGAAGCCUGGCAAAGGCCGUCAAGGCGGUCAGCCCGUUCCCGGUGAAGACGAAGAGUUGCACGCACUUAUUCGUGCGCCCGACGAGUUGAGCUUCAAAAGAGCCAUCGAGAAGAUUAACAAAAUUAUAAAAAUGGCCAUUGAGUGUCCUGAAGAACAGAACCAAUUGAAGAAACAGCAACUUGAGCUGCUUGCAAAGAUGAAUGGUACCUACAGGGAAGACUCUAUCUUCAGUGGCUGCGGCAACUGCGGCUCUGCAGAACACCGCGAUUGGCAAUGUCCCGAGCGCAAGAACGCUGUAGCCGCCAUAGUGUGUAGCAUAUGCGGGGGCGCCGGCCACAUUGAAGCUGACUGCUUGCAGAAGAACAAGCAGAACCCCACUAUCGAUAAAGCUAAGAUGGACCGAGAAUUUGCGCUCUUUUUGAAGGACUUAGGCGAAGAUGUGCCCGAGGAGCUGCUGUCCGAUCCUGCCCCCGAGGACAAGCAAUCGGAGGACCCGCAGAGUCAGCCGUCUGCUACUAACCCUUCGAGUAUAUCAGGAGACCUGCCUGCAGGCUUGCUUUUGUCUGCUCCCGCGCCUCCCCACGCGUAUCCGCCAGGCCCUCCUUCGUAUCUUCCCAUGUCACACCCUUUUAUGAUGCCGCAACCAUACGCACACCCCGCCAUGCAACCGUAUCACCCCUGGCCUCCGCACUCUGUGGGUCCUCUGCACUCGCACGGAUAUCCGCUGGGGCCUUCUACCUCGCCUGCUGCCCCCUGGCCUGCCAUGAGCGGGGCAGGUUAUAUCUAUCCGAUGGCGCCUGUCGGGGUAGCUGCUGACUGUCCGCCUCCUCCGAGUAGCGGCUCUCCUCCGCCCCCGCCCCAGGGACAACCACAGCCUCCCCCUCCCUCUUAAUACGCCCCCCUUUUAAAUUU